AUGGAAAACAAUUCCUUCGUUUUCAAUUAUACUUUCGCAACUGACGAAUGCACUCCAUGGACGCCGACCGUUCAUCUCUACGGACAUCUAAUACCCGGAAUUAUUUUAUAUAUAUUCGGAAUAACCUUCAAUCCUAUUGCACUGUAUUACUUCGCUACGUCUCGUAACUUUCGUCGUUCAGUCUAUUCGUACUACUUUUCCGCAAUUGCGAUAUUCGAUGUUCUACGACUGAAUAUUUGGUUUCUAUUCUUAGUUCUCGAUUACAAAGUAUUCAAAUUUCAUUUUCAUUCAUUCGAAUGUUCAACACAGAUCUUCUCUGAAUCCUUGGCGAGUUCAAUAAGUGCAUGGUUAACUGUAUCAUUGACUGUCGAACGAUGCUUAGUCACAUUCAAACCAUUACAAACAAUAACAGAUACAAAAGGACGACGUGCAUUAAUCAUCAUCUUAUCUGUUAUUCUGACAUCAUGUGCAAUUAAUUCACUCUUUCUUCAACCCGGCUUCUAUCGUAGAAGAGAAUACCGCGAACAAAUGCGAACAGUAAUCUGCUUCUACGAAAACUCGUCGGCGAAUGCUACUGCCGAGUCGCCAGCACGAUUCUUUCUAACACCAGAAAUCAAACGGAUGUAUACGAUGUCCAUCAUUAUCUUCCGUAUUGCUAUUCCAUUCAUGUUACUGUUGACAACAAAUGUUCUCUUGUUUCUACGCGUUCGUCAGAGUGAACAACAAUCGAUAAAGUCCAACAAGAUACUCCUCGUUCGACAUGGGCAACAUCGUCAAAUAACGCCAAUGAUAUUUUUCUCUUCGUGUAUCCUCUUGUUAACUGUUUCACCUCGAUAUUUGCACAUGUUUUAUAUGAAUCUCUUUUAUCGAUCUGCUCAUUGUUCAUUGACGCAUUUUGCUCCACAUUUAUUGAAAACGCUGGAAUUAUGUAAUUACGCUUUCAAUGUUUUUAUUUCAAUUGUUAGUGGUAAACACGGACGACAUGAAUUAUUCAAUAUGUUAUUAUGUCGAUCGAAACCUUUGCCAUCGAAGUCGUAUUAUUCAACAAUAAAUCAAACAUCCAUCCUAACAAAACUACAUUCUCAACAACGAUCAAAUCAUAAAACAGAUGAACAAAUUCAUCUAACUGAUAAACUAUCGCUCGCGAAUGCCAAUAAUUCUCAUCAAGAUUCAUUGUAG